UGUGUUUGUAAAAUUAUUUGUUCACAGAUUUGUCAAACUUCAAAAUUCUACUUAGUCACGACUUCGAAUCGCACUUUUGUGUAUUCGUUGUGUUAAAAUUGAUUAACGAAAAACUCAAUCUAAACCAGAGAGUCAUUGUUUCAUAGCUUAGACAAAUACUUAAACAAGAUAAACUGAAUAAACUUUUAACAAGUAUUUAAACACAUUAUAGGCAACUACUCAUUAGUUAUCAACAAUACUUCAAUAAGGUCAGUUAUUGACACAAAUCUGGUGAUGGAGUCAACGGUUAGCACAGUUCUCCCAGAAGUGGCUAAAACUGUGGCCCAAAUGUCAUUUUCCUGGUACGACUAUCUGCUCUUCUCGAUAAUGCUGGGUCUGAGUGUUUUAAUUGGCAUCUACUUUGGGUGCUUUGGUACUAAGCAAUCAUCCGCGAACGAGUACCUUAUGGGUGGCAAAAAAAUGAAAGUUCUUCCGAUUGCUGUUUCUUUAGUUGCAAGUCACGUCUCAGGAGUCACCCUUCUGGCAGUACCUGCAGAUAUCUACAGAUAUGGCGCCGGUUACUGGUUAUUUGUUCUAUCUGUAGCGAUGAUUACACCAUGCACAAUGUUCAUCUACCUUCCAGUUUUCUACAAGUUGCAAAUUACAAGUACCUACGAGUACCUGGAGCGAAGAUUCGAUAGUACCAACCGACUUUUUGCCUCUUUCUUGUUCACACUGGGUCUUUUUUUGUAUCUGCCGAUAGUUAUAUACAUUCCGGCACUGGCUUUCUCGGCAGCAACUGGAAUUAGUGUUUACUACAUUACACCACUAGUUUGUGGGGUCUGUAUUUUUUACACCACACUUGGAGGACUGAAGGCGGUAGUUUGGACAGACACUCUUCAGUUCACCAUCACUACAGGCGCCAUCAUCACCGUCGCUGUCAUUGGAAUUAAGUCCGGUGGUGGUUUUGCCGAAAUUUUGGCAACAGCGUCGAAAGGCCACCGACUGGACAUUUUCGAUUUUAACCCAGAUCCUACCCUACGAGACUCGUUCUGGAUCGUCACUUUCGGUAUAGGCGCCUUCUGGCUUUCAAUUUUUGGGGUUCAUCAAAGUUGCGUACAGAAGUUUAUGUCGGUGUCUACGUUACGUGAAGCCAGAUUAUCUGUGAUUUACUUCGCAAUUGGUAUUACGAUAGUUUCAUCCUUCAGCGUCUUCAUUGGUCUUAUAAUGUACGCAAGGUACGAAAAGUGUGACCCUUUUACCAUAGGAUCGGUUCAAAAGAACGACCAGUUGCUGCCGUACUAUAUAAUGGACGUAACAUCUCACAUUCCGGGACUCUCUGGUCUUUUCAUCGCAGGAAUUUUUUGCGCAGCUUUGAGUACUCUCUCAGCAAGCUUAAACUGUUUAGCGGGAACGCUAUACGAAGAUUUUGUUCUGAAAAUCACUGGACCCAUUAAGGAUGACAAGAAAGCUGCUGUUAUUUUGAAAUUUAUAGUAGUAGUGACUGGAGUCGCAUGUACCGCUUUAGUGUAUGUGGUGGAACGUCUUGGGGGUUUGUUGCCACUGGUUGUGAGUUUAGGUGGUGUUACUUUUGGUCCGUCUUUGGGGAUGUUUACUUUGGGUGUACUAUUCCCCAAAGCAUCAAGCAAGGGUACCUUGUAUGGUACCAUUAUUGGGUUGCUUUUCUCCGGUUGGAUCACACUGAUGGCGCAGUACUACAAGAGUCAAGGGAUGAUUGUUGAUGUCCCUAAACCUAUUUCCACCGAAGGUUGCUUAGCCAACAUUACAAUGCUUCCUCUGGUUACACAUUCUGACUUCGGAUUUUCGAAUUUGACUGAUUUAAAUUAUGACAAUCUCACUACUCAUCGGUAUGACGAAAUGGACAUCCGUGAUGUUGAAAACAAGCCGUUCUUUUUAUUUCGAGUGUCUUACUAUUAUUUCUCCCUCAUGGGUACCGCUGCAACUAUAAUUUUUGGUUUACUAUUUAGUUAUUUGUUGAAAAACGACGAUCCACCUGUACAUCGCGACCUUCUUAGUCCGGUUAUCUAUUUCAUGCUUCCCAAUGAGAAGGUUCUAGCUGAGAAAAAUCAGGAUUACUAUCAUCUUGACAAGGCUUUGCAUUUAGUUACAAUUAAUUCAGAGAAAGAAGAUAAGAUUGCUUGAAUUGCCGUGGUAUUUUGUGUAUUUGAAUGUGUUAAUGAUAAUGAGACUGAUGUAAUUUGGAUAUU